GCAUUGGCAAGACAUACACAUGCAUAAAAGGAAAAUUAAUAUGAAAAAAAUUCAAACGAAGUGAAUAAAAAAACGAACGAACGAACGAGAAGUAAAAAAAAAUAAAAAUACGCGAGAUACACGCUAGUUCUAGUUAAGUGCACAGUGUGCGGAGAGACGAGACUCAAAUGUAUCACUAGAAAUUAUUACACACAUUUUUUUCCGUUUGUGUCGCUGUUUUCGUCUUAAUUUGUAUUUUAUUUUGUUCAGUUCAGAUGUUUAUUUGAGUUUGAGUUUUUUUCAAAUAUACGAUCGUCGGUGUGUAUAAGUGCGUAAAUUAGUCUGAUAAUAUUUCAUCAGAAGUAUAAUCAUCAUCAUCAUCAUCAUUUAACCAACCAGCUUGUUUAAAGAAACGGGAAAAACUUCGAAAUCCUUCAAUGGAAAACAUUCAUUCGAAACAUUGAAGUGAAUGAAAACGACCAUAGUGUUUGUAUAGUGUAUGGUAAAUGAUCAAUAACCGAAAAUUCUGUGUAAAAAGAUAAAGUUUUGUGACACAAAAUACGAUUUAUGAAAAUCCUUAUGUGCUAAAAACGAACAUCACCAACAAAAUAUCAAGAAUAGAGAAAACCGAGUUGUGCGUGCUUGUACUGCGAAUAUUUGGAUUAAAUUUUUAAUUGAUCCCCCCUCGAUAAAAGAUAGCAACGAAUAUUGUUGCAAUUAUCGAAUUAUUUGCGUAUGCCAACAAGAUUGGUGUUGGUGUUCAGUUUUUGUUUAUACAAAAACAAUAUUCAUGCGUUGUGAUCGUCUUCAGUUGGAUACAAAUAGUUUUAUAUUCUCUGAGUGAUACUCGAAUUUUAAAUUAAGUGCAUCCAUUUGUGUGAAGAAAUUGAGGAAAAACAAGUCAUAUUCAUGGCAACAACUGAAUGAAGAAGGAAGAAAAGCACAACGUUUUUUUUUUUCAUCAAGAUAUAUACAAAUUCACGAAGUGAAAAAAAAAUCUUAAAGUAAUAACAUCGAGACACCGAGAAAGCAGAGCGUACAGAGAAAAACAAAACUAUAACGCAGUGUUUUAAUAAAGUGAAUUAAACUAAAUAAAAUGAAAGCUGAAGAAAAAACAAUGAAAUCUUGAAAGCACAAGAUAACCAAUAGUGGAGAAGAGUAAAGACUCAAGUAACAAAUUAAAGUGAAAAUAAGCAAAAAGAAUAAUUAUUAAGGAAUAAAAUAAAAGAAUUUAACCAAAACUACUAGAAGCAAUCGACAGGCAGCAGCAGCGGCCAACAACAACGCAAAUAAGCGUACGUCAAGCAUAAGCUAUAGUGAAUACAGAGAUUUUAAAGCACACACAACAACGACGACGACGGCGGCAACGGCGACAACGACGUUUCAAUGUGUGCCUGAUUUGAUUACAUACGAAAAAGAUCUGAAAGAGAUGAGCAUGUGUCUGUGUGUGUACAUGUAUUCCGUCAUACAUGUUAUGUAUUCACAUAUGCCGUGAGUUUGUGAACUACAACGCCGAGACUUCGUGAAUAAGACGAAAAAUAUAAUAUCAAAAAGGAAAAGAAGAACACACAAAUUAAUAAAAGAAAAAUAAACGAAAAGAAAACAACAACAGCAAACACACACGCACACAUACAUAGAAACAUACACGAAACAUAAGGUUCAGAGAGCGAAAGAAAAGAAGAAAGAAGAGACUACUCGCUGCAAAAUUAAUAUACACAUAGUACACACACAAUACGCGAAGGAAAAAGAAGAAAACAAGCGGCAGCGGCAACAGCACCACCACCAAACGAAAACGAAGAAGAAGAAGAAGUAGAAGUGAAGGCAGCAAAGAAAGAAGAAAAAAGAGCGCGCGCGGUGUAGCGGUGGUGGCGGCGGCGUUGACACAGAGCACACAGGAAAAUGAAGAAAACAGCACAAUAAAAGAAAACGAAAAUAAAAGAAGAAGAAAAAAAAAAUUAUUUAACGAUUAGAAAAUUCAAUAUGUGUGCAUACGAGUUUGAAGACACAACAAUAAAUAUGUGUGCAAGUACUAUAUCAUCCUAUUAUUAUGAAUAACAACAGAAACAACAACAACAACAUCAACAACCAACAAACAACAACGGCUCGAACGAAAAAUACGAAAAAAAAUAUAAAUAAACCAAACCGUACAUUAUUAUACGGCUAUAUCUAGCGCGCAUAUACUACUCUCCUCGUUCAUCGUUCACAUCGCUCCAAAACAACCGUUUCGACGAUAUUGAAGAGAGAAGAGAAAGAAAAUGGAUGCAAUUGUAACAUUAGAAAAUUUUAAAUUAAUGGUAUUUGCAUUAAUCAAAUUUCUGAAUCAAUUAUCCGAACAAGAUAAAGUAGCGGCCAUCACAUUUCUAAUUACAACCCUGAAAGCAAGUACAAAAGAGCACUUUAGUAAAUCGCGUAAUUCGAGCAGAGGCUAUACAUUCGGUCAAAAUACGGAUGUUGAACAGUGGCUUGUGGCUGAUGUAAUUGAGAAAAAAUCACCACCGACCGAUACAGACGAUUAUGAUGA